GCUUACCGUGUGUGUGCGUGUGCGUUUGCGCAGCCGCCUUCAGCGUGUGGUUUAUAAAGUGCAGGAUGAAUGUAGAGGAAAAGAGCACGUGCGCUAUAAGUAACAGCCCUGACAGCUCAGGAGGCCCUGAGACCAUGAAGAGACAGAACUACCUGGAGUGGUCUGAGUAUUUCAUGGCUGUCGCAUUUCUGUCUGCUCAGAGGAGCAAAGAUCCCAGCUCACAGGUGGGAGCGUGUAUUGUAAGUCAGGAGAAUAAGAUUGUGGGCAUCGGCUAUAAUGGGAUGCCUAAUGGCUGUGAUGACGACCUCUUGCCCUGGGCUCGCUCUGCUGAUGACAGACUGGACACUAAAUAUCCCUAUGUGUGCCAUGCUGAAAUGAAUGCCAUCAUGAAUAAAAACUCUGCAGAUGUAAAAGGCUGCACCAUUUACGUUGCUCUGUUUCCUUGUAAUGAGUGUGCUAAACUCAUCAUACAAUCAGGUAUAAAAGAUGUGGUUUAUUUGUCAGAUAAAUACCACUGCACCCCAGAGAUGGAAGCUUCCAGAAGGCUGCUGGAUUUGGCGCGUAUCCCAUACAGGCAGUUUCAUCCGAAGCGGAAGAUGAUCGUUAUUGACUUUGACUCCAUCGGUCCCUCUGUAGAGCGUGAGUGUAACGGAGGCUGCACCCCGGCUCUAAACGACAAGCACUGAAACACCUAACAACAGAUACUGAAACACGGGUCUUCUAUAAGAUUACACAUUUUAGAGACUUUAAAUUGUUCAAAUACUGAAAAUCACUGAUGUGUAAGUUACUGAGAUGUUCUGACAGGUGAGUACUGAAAUGCUAAUAUUCGGUGUUUCAGCGGACGUCACACAAAACCUCCAUACACGACUUUAUUAGUAUCAUUAUUUUAUUAAUAAACCAAAAAUGUAAAUAAAUGUGAAAUACUGAAAAACUACAAUGUCACUGGACUAAUAAAGAAAACACACCUGAAUAAUCAAGUGUAAGUGUAAUAAUGAAUGUUCCUCAGGUGCUGAGGUACAAAAAGAGACUUAAAUCAAGUGGCACUGAAAUAGAAGUUACUGAAACAUUGUUAUUAAAGUGCUGUUGUAUUUCAGUAGGUCUGAAUACUGAGCUGCUGAAGGUCAGAUCAAACCUCAACACACUGAUACUUUAUACAGUUUCAUAACGUUUUGGUACAGGAAGUGUUUCAGUUUGAAUCACUUCCUGUAUUUAUAAUUUAUAAUUGUUCUUUUUAAUUCGACUGCAUAUUAAAUAUAUUAUGAGGUGUGUUGGGUUUAGAGAUGUGAAGCUGUAAAGCAACACGAUGCUGUAGCUAAACUCUGAUUUGUUCUGGAUUAAAUAUAUUAAGAGAACUGUGUUGUAUCUUUUUUUUAAAGAUUGUACCCGUGACCCCGAGUUAAAUAAACUUUGUUCAUGCGUUA